CUCCCGGGCGGAGCGUUCGAAUAUACCAGAGGUUCGACUCGCGUACUUCUGUCAAACGGCGUUCAGCCGUCGAGGAAGCAGAUAGCGUGUCUUGUAUACUAGAAAAUAUCCGAAAAUUCUUCGACAAGUCUUUAAAAUCGUCAAGAAAUUCCAUCUGUUCGUCAAGUGAGAAACAAAUAUAUCGAAAAGUCAUCGGACGUCGUUCUAAUCGUCGUAGAAUUAUCAAUUGAUAAGACAUCGAGAAACUCACCAUCUGUUUGACGAGUGAAAGAUCAGCGAUCAUCAGACAUUGUGAGUCGCAGAAUUAUUAGAUGAAGAACGUUGGUAGGAGACUGCAUUGUGCACGUUAGAGAAGAUCUCAGUGUUUCUAAGAAUUAUUAAUCAACGUAAAAUGGAAACGGUUGAAAUAUCGAAUAUAUGGUUCGUCUAAGGAGAAACGUAAGGAAAGAGACAUUUGGCAGAGACGAACGUCAGUAUGUUGCACAGUUCGUUGCCACGGGCGUUCCUGGCCCCUGGGUUGAAUUAUCUGGGUUACUACGGUGACGAGAUCCACCAGCAUUCGUACGGCGCGGCUACCAGUUGGCACAUUCCUAUGGAGAACCCUCCCACCUAUUCCAGGGUUCCCGAUCAUCACGUUCUUCAAAACUGGGACUUGUCCAGAUCGUCUACCCCGUGUCCCCUGGAUUUGUCUCUGAAACCUCCGCCUACACCGAUCACGCCGAAAACCGAAGAUCUCGUAGAUUCCAAGAAAGAUCAGAGAACGUUGGACGAUGUGCAGAAAGAAUUGGAAAACACCGGGUACGGAAGGAACAGCGACGAAACGGGUCCCCUGGUGGUCGACGACUUCGACACGGUUCCACGAAGUUCCUCGGUGCACAGUCAUUCCAGUUACGAGCUACUUUCCAAGAAAGAACCACUGCAAACUCCGGAACCAACGGUCAAAGCCUGCACUUUGGAAGAGGCCACCAGACUAGCUCCCUUUGGUUCAAGCUCGAACGAGAUCGCUUCCAAGUAUUACACGCACAAUCAGAAGCUUCUAUUAACCAGUCCUAGUCACCUUCAAUCGGUACAAGGCUACCACCAGCAGCUUCUUCUAACGCCGCAGCAUCACCUGCAAGGGAUGCAGCACGCUCCCAUGACUCCUCCGAGCACACCGUCGCCUCCGCAGUGUCCAAGACGAAAAGUAAGAGAGGAGGACUCGAGUCCAGCCUCGACGACUAGCAACAACAACGUCGCGUCUAGUAGCUCUAGAUCCAGUUCCACCGAGAAGCUUCUUCAGAGACCCAAAAAGAAACACGCUAGAAGAUUGAAAUUCGACGAGGAUACCAGUAGUCCGGUGUCGGGUACCGUGAUUUUGGGCCCGGACGAGGCUGUAGUUACCGGAGACAUCGAUCCGGCAUUCAACAUCGUUGAAGUCACCGAGGAGGCACGAGCGGAGCUAGCUAAGAUCGAGAACAGGCUUGGCCCUUAUCAGUGCAAGCUCUGUAGGCAAUUGCACGAAGACGCGUUCCAGUUGGCCCAACACAGGUGCUCCAGAAUAGCCCACGUCGAGUACAGAUGUCCAGAAUGCGACAAGAGAUUCUCGUGUCCGGCGAAUUUGGCCUCUCACAGACGCUGGCAUAAACCAAGACUAGCUAACGGAGAACAUUCGUCGUCUACUGGGAGUAUCGAGAUAUCGUGCACCAGGUGCGACGCCAAGUUCACCAGGCAAGCAGCGUUGAGGAAACACCUGGCCAGUCAACAUCCAGAGACCAACAACAACAACAAUCACAACAACAAUAACGUGGUGGUGGAGCAAGGAGGAGUUGUUGGUAAGACUGACGUCGUUCAGGUGGUUUCCAAGGGUACGUUGAACACCGAGAUCCCCUGACACCAAUUCCCCGCGAGACCCUUGCCCAGAAGACCAGGACUCUACUGGAGAUUCGGCCUUGAUUUGUAAAGACCGAGUCUCCUAAUGGAGGGCUCUAUUUUGUCGCAAUCUAACGUUUGAGAAUUUUUUUUGAAUUUUUUACAGUUGCUUGGUUGGAGAUAUGAUAAAGAGCAGUUGAUAUAUUAUCUUUGCAUUCCCCUUUUGUUCUUGUUGUCAUAGGGUAUUUUUGGCAUUUUUUAAGUUUCAUAUUAUAUAGUAAUGGGAUAAAUUUUGUUCUUAUUUUUAUUUUUUAUUUUUCUAGUUUUGUAUUUUUCAUUAGAAUCGUAACACGUGCAAUUUUAUGUUAAUAUUUCAUCAAUGGAAUAGACUUUUCUUAAAGGAUAGGUUCUUUUCUUUUUUUUUUUUUUUUUUUUUUUUCUUGGAGCGUGUAACUCUACAAGUGUCGUAGACAGGGAAUGAUGCAAGAGAGAAGGAGUAACGUGUUAUUUGAUUAGUAAAUAACAGCGGAAGCGAAGUUUAAUAUGACAUUCUUAUCUGUACGUGUUAUAUAGUCAUUACGUUGGAGAAUACGUUGGUCGAGGAUUGAGAAUUUUCUUUCGAAAACUGAAUAUUUCGAUUUAUAUAACUCCUGAAAGGUUUUGUAUAUAUUUUCAACUACACAGUGAUUUUUUAACCUUUGUGCUAAAUUAAUUUUCAUUACGUAAAUAUGUUUCAUAUUCCGAUACGCUUAUCGUAUUUUUUUUAUAUAAACUUAUUCAUUAAUAGAUUGCACAUAUCUUGGAGUUUCAUAAGUUUUAUAGUAAGGUAUAAAAUAUCCUACUUCAUAUCAUGAUAAAAUUUAUCAAACGAUAGAGUGUGUUACUAUCGAUAAAAAGAUUUUGCAGCAGCUGAGAAUAUUCCUUUUAAAAACAACAUAACGAAACAAGCGUAAAUUUCAAUCGUGAUUAUAGAUAUUUUACAGACGGCGAAAUUUCAGUUAUCAAUAAUUCGAGACGAUAUUACGACACACAAUCAUAAAGUACAGCUAACGAUCAAUUUCAGAAUUUUUAUAAUAAUUCGAACUGUUUUUUUUUUUUUAAGAAACAUCGAUUAUGAUAUCUAUUAGGUCGUUUCAUAAAUUUUGUCGCUUUUCGAUAACAAAAUUUGGCAGGAAACUGUGAGGAAUCAUUAUGAGAUCGAUCAUAAAUUCCCUCGUCUUCUCAUGCCUUCUCAUCUAGAAAUUGUGUUUGUUUCUUUUUUUCAAUUUAUUUCACUUGCUUCUACUUACUCUCCUUUCGCGAAAUCUAAAAAAUCUCCGUUCUUUAUCACUCUUUGAAAAAAUAUCUCCUACUAAUAACUAAAUGGUAAUUAAUAAAAUUAAAAGAACUAUAAAACGGAUGAUGUUUUAACGGAUGAAAGAAAACUAGACGAUUUUUUAAUGAAUGAAAAAGGAACAAACACAAAUAGGCAAUAUUUGACAAAUAGGAAACAAUUCUUCGGGAAAAAUAAGUAAGAAAAGGGAAAACGACCAAUCUUAUGGAACAACCUAACGGAAUCGCGUUAAAGAAACCAAGAAAAGAUUUCACUGACAAUUUUUCGUUUACCAACAAAAUUUCGGUUUUCCAAAACUCGAGACAAUAACCGCUGUUGCAACGGAACAGUUAAAUACUAACGUGUGUGCUUACGAAUGGCACGAGGGGCGAAUCGGACUGUAAAUUUGCAUAGAAUUAGAAGUAGCGAAGCAGCAAGGUUAAUACGAUGUUGCGUGCGAUGUAAAUCUGUAGAUAGUAGGGAGAGGUCGGUUAUAAAGCGUGACUGUGCGUGUACAUAUACCUAGCUGACAAUUUAUCUGUGUUGUAAUAUUUAUCCAAGGCGGCAAUUCCUCAUCUUUCAUCCUAAGUUAACACGUUGCCUGUCACGGUGGCCAUCGGUGAGCCACGUUACUAAAUUCUUUAGAACAGAGCGAUCUUCCAUCCUUUUCCUCUCAUGAUACGCAUAGACUAAUUGAUAAAAUUUUGUCACAGACUAAAAACUAUGAUAAGUAGAUAUAUUUGAUUGACAGGGCUAUAGUUUUGACCAUCGUCGUCUUUUUAUUUGACGAUCCUUUGAAAGGAGCCGAUUGAAUACGUUAGGUAUCGCGUGUCUGAACAAUUUUUGCUGCACACCUGUGUAUCGGUAGUUGAUGAUGUUUGAGAAUUGCUGCUUCAGAAUGAUUAAAAUAAGGUAA